UGCUCCGGGAUUCCUGGUCUGUUCUGCACCCCACAAUCUGUUAACCCGGAGCCCAGCCCUUACCUCCAGCUGGCUUCACACUGUUCCUCAUUGUUUCCAAAUGCUGAAGCUGCUGAUGCUGGCACUGCCCCUCCUGUCCAGCCUGGUGCAUGCAGCCCCUGGUCCAGCUGUACCACGCGGAGGCAUUGUAGGGGGACAGGAGGCACCUAGGUACAGGUGGCCCUGGCAGGUGAGCCUGCGUGCCUAUAAUAUCUACUGGUUUCAUAUCUGCGGAGGAUCCCUCAUCCACCCCCAGUGGGUGCUCACAGCAGGACACUGUGUGGGACCGACUAUUAUGAAUCCCAACAAUAUCAGGGUACAGCUUCGCAAGCAGAACCUCUAUUACCAUGACCACCUGCUGCCUGUGAGCCAGAUCAUCACACACCCUGGGUUCUACACCGUCCAGGGUGGGGCAGACAUCGCCUUGAUAAAACUCAAGAACCCUGUGAAUAUUACCAGCUACGUCCGCCCUGUCUCUCUGCCUCCUGCCUCAGAGACCUUCCCCUCAGGGACAUCGUGCUGGGUGACAGGCUGGGGUGACAUCGGCAAUAAUGUAAGUCUACCACCACCGUAUCCCUUGAAGGAGGUGCAAGUUCCCAUUGUGGAAAAUCACCUUUGUGACUUGAAAUAUCACAAGCAUCGCAGCACAGGGGACAACGUUCUCAUCAUCCAUGACGACAUGCUGUGUGCUGGGAAUGAACAAAGUGAUUCCUGCCAGGGCGACUCCGGAGGACCCCUGGUCUGUAGGGUCAGAAAUACCUGGCUGCAGGCAGGUGUAGUCAGCUGGGGUGAUGGCUGUGCACAGCCUGACAGGCCUGGCAUCUACACUCGAGUCACCUCUUACUUGGAUUGGAUCCACCGUUAUGUCCCCAAGAAUUCCUGAGUCACUUCUGCGUCAGGGGAGAACCAGAUCACUGCUGUUGUCAACACACUGCUUCCUGCCCAGGUGGCAUCACUGCUCUCUUGUCCUACCACCUCCCCUGUCCCCCUGCUCCUCA